AUGCGGGGAAAUCUCCUUGGAGUUUUCCUUGCUCUGGCAGCAACCCUUUCCACAAACAAAACUGUCCAAGCGGCACAUUCCAGACGGCGAUUGGUCCGUCCAGCUGGAGGAUCCAACCGCUAUGAUCGAGAGAUUACCACAUUUUCCGAAGAUGGGCGUCUAUUGCAAGUAGAGUAUGGUUUGGAGGCAUCUCGUCGUGGAUCUACCAUAGUAGCCCUUCGAACAAAUGAGGGAAUCUGUUGGGUCGUCCCUCAAUCUUCGUUUGGAAAGGUCCAUCGAAUAGACGAUCACUUGUGGCUUUUGACGGCAGGACUCUCCGGUGAUGCUCGGUUAUUGUCAGAUGCCUUGCGGAAUACCUGUCAGAAGCAUCGAUUGGCGUACGGAGAAGCUCCCACCACCAAACAAAUAGCUCAAGUAGCUGGUGAGGCCCAGCAUCAGCUGACCUACACUGCUGGAGCAAGGCCAUUGGGGUGUACGGCCAUGGUGUUGGGAAUUGAUGCUCCCUUUGAUGAUAGUGGAAAGAGACUGGGCAAGCCAUGUAUAUAUCAGACGGAUCCAGGGGGUGUCGUCCAAGAGUGUGCUUCUUUCACGGACGAUGGAAGCAAACAAGCUGGAGUUGGCGGCAAGGAUGGAAACCAGAUUUCCCGAAUCUUGCCAGAUCUUAUGAACGGACGACUAUUCAAUGACAAUUCCCGAUCUUGGUGGUUCUCAAAGAAGAGCAAGGAAAAGAAGAAGACUGACAAGAAUACUGACAACGGCAAAUCCGACGAGACUGAAGCACUUGAUGACGAUUCAUCAAAAGAACCAGAUGAACUCUCUAAACUGGCAGCCAAAUUGGCGGAACAAGUGCUAAAAUUGGAAGACGAACAACAACAGCAUGAUUCAGAUGCACCAUUACCGACAGUAGAUGUUUGGAUCAUUCGUCCAGAUACGCGAAGAAGAGGUGGACAGCAUGCCAUUUGCUAUCAGAAUAUCAACAAGAAAGAUUCCCUUCUAGAUCAAAUAAUCACCUACUCAGGAUAG